AUGUCUCAAAAGACAUCUAAUAUGCCUUCGCAAAGUCCCCAACAGCAACCUCUACCUCUACGUAUUCUUGCAGUGGGCUCCGCCUAUGAAGACACUAUUCUAUAUGUUGACAAGUUUCCACCCGAAGACGGAAAACAACGCGCACAACGAGUGGAAAAGCGGCGUGGUGGAAAUUCUGGAAAUACCUUGACUGUGCUAUCGCAGUUUCCAUCGAGUCAACCUUACUUUAUGGCUUCUAUGGCGUCCAAAGAAGCAUCCACUUUUUUGGUGCAAGAUUUUGAGGCACAUAACAUUAAGACUUCGACUUGUCUUUUUCGUGCUAAUGCCUCUCACGCACCAGUAGCAUAUAUAAUUCAUGCAGAGAAUACUAGUUCAAGAACAAUAAUAAACUAUAAUAGUAUCGAUGAACUUACAUUCGAAGAAUUCAAAGGGAAGUUUGAGGAAGCAUGUGCUGAGCUUGUAACUGAUGACUUGAAUCAAGCAGUACCUUUCAGUUGGAUACAUUUCGAGGGACGUAAUACAGAAGAAGUGGCCAAAAUGAUGGAUUAUAUUGACACUAAAGAAUGGCGAGAUCGAUGUAUUAUGAGCGUGGAAUUGGAGAAACCACAUCGAAAGGGACUUGAAGAUUUAAUGCAUCGGGCAGAUGUAGUUUUCUUUUCGAAAGUGUUUGCUGAAGGAAAAGGUUACGAUCAUGCUGGUGAUUUUCUUCAAGUUAUGGGUCCAUAUUGUAAAAAGACUGCAUACUUAUUUUGUACAUGGGGUAAUUCUGGUGCAUCAUGUUUUCAUAACCCAACCCAAAAACUUUUCAUUGCUCCCGCAUUACCAAUCCCAAGCGUAGUUGAUUCUGUUGGUGCUGGCGACACAUUUAUCGCUGGUGUGAUAUAUGGAUUAACACAAGGGAUGCCGCCAGAAAGAUGCUUAAAAUUUGCUUGCGAGUUGGCCGGGCGUAAAUGUGCUCAGCAACCGUUACAAUUACAACAUCGAAGACGAACAGCGAACUUGAAACAUAAAUGUACAGAAUUUGAACCGGAAGAAUUGAUCGAUAUAAAAGAGCGAGAAAGAUUGCAUCAUGAGCUGAGACGUAGAGAAGAGCAACAAGUGGAGGAAGAAAAACAACAACGUUACAAGUUUAUUAUGCAACAACAUCAAAGACAACAACAGCUAGAAGGCCGCACGCAGAGCAAGGGAAAGAAACGAUUAUUUUCGAUGUGGCGGCCAUUAAAACGAGAGCGCGAAAUGUUUGAUAAAAUUGAUAUUAAACCUUCAUGGAAACGACUUGCUAAAAAAAGUUCAAUAUUUGUUCUCUUUGAUAAAGUGAUGAGAUGCAAAGACAAGGAUUCACAGCCUUAUAGUGAUUAUGAAAACGACGAACAUGAAGAAUUUAUUGAUCAUGAAUGUUAUCAAGAAAAUUCUAAUGGAAUAGAAAUAGAUUGUAAUAAUUAUGAUGACGCUGAGGAUGAUAAAAAAUGUGUUAACGGCGGUGAAAGUGAGAAUGGUGUUGGGCUUGAUUUUUUGGACUUUACUCAAUGUCAAAAUGAUAAUAGUGUAUAUGAUGGAGGUGGAAGUCCCACCGAUUAUCAUAGUUUCUAUCAAUAUCACAUAAAUCACGGACUAUUUAAAAACAUCAUAAUAAAUACUAGCAGCGUAAAUGAUGGAAUUCCUGAUUUGAUUUUUUCCACGAAAACUAGUCGUGCUGAUAAAAGAAAAGGAUUCUUAUUACCUUCAUCAUUUUCUAAUAGCGGAAUUAAUUGA